AUGGACGACUGCGACGUCGAUUACAGUGCUCAGAGAACGGCCUUUGCCCUCUUUGACCAGGAAGGACUGCUUGAGUUAGACGUUCAUCAGCUGAAGCUCGCCGUACGCUCGCUGGGCAUGUACGUGACGGAAGGAGACUUCGAAAGCGUCUUACGCUCACUAAGGAGGGAUUCCACCGCACAAGACGAAAGGUACAACUACGCAGAUUUCGUCACAGUGGUGUCCAGGCUUCACAGCAGAAACAGGAGGAACAUGAGUGAUGAUGAACAAAGUGCCGUGAAAGAUAGCGUGAGUGAAGUCUUUAAAUAUCUAGACGGCCAGGACACUGGUGGGGCUGCCUGUAAGGACCUGUCCUGGCUCCUGAGGACAGUAGGGGAGCCUCUGACGCAGGAAGAAACAGAGUCGUUCUUCAGGGAUACCGGUAUCAUGGCAAGUGGCAGCGUAACGCGGGACAAGCUCCUCGAAGUGCUGCUCAGUGAUCCGUUUAAAGACUUCGAGAGGAAAUAG